UGACCAUGCCAACAAUAUAUCUGUCCCUACUCCCAGAUCGUUACAACCUUUUUCCACCUUUAUGGCCUACUCAAAAACCCUCCCCCACAUUCUUCAAAAUGUGAUUUAGCAACAACACAACAUACAUACAUACAUACAUGAGAUGGAGAUGACCCCUCCAAACUUCAAGCACUAAUCUUUUUUUUUUUGUUCUCUCUCUCUCUCCUCUCUUCUUUCUCUAUCAGAAAAAAUGGAACAUACCCAAAUGCUGAAAUACCUUUUUCUACUCAUCCCAUUUUCAAUCAUCAUCUCCAUUUUGUUAUUAUACUUAUACAAAAGAAAAAACACAGAAAAUGAGAAAGAAAGGAGUAAAUCAGCAGCUGACCCAGAAUUAGGUAACAUGAUUAAAAGUGAAGUAAAUGAAGAAUUGAUGUGUUUUGAAGGAGGUGAAGAUCUGACAAUUCCUGACAUUUUAGAUGCACCUGGUGAAGUUAUUGGAAAAUCAAGUUAUGGUACAUUGUACAAGGCUAAUUUAUCAAGAAAUAACUCAAUUUUAUUGCUUAGAUUUUUGAGACCUGCUUGUAGUGGGACCAUUAAAGAAGUGAUUCCUGUAGUGCAUGCUAUUGGGUUGGUUAGGCAUUCUAAUUUGGUCCCUUUAAAAGCUUAUUAUAUGGGUCCCAGAGGAGAGAAGUUAAUGGUUCACCCAUUUUAUGUUCAUGGAAAUUUAGCUCAUUUUAUUAAAGAUGGCAAUAAUGAGUCCCACAAAUGGGAUGUGAUUUAUCAUAUCGCCCUCGGUUUAGUAAAGGGAUUGGCUUAUCUUCACACAGGAUUGCACAAACCCAUAAUACAUGGCAAUCUCAAGUCUAAAAAUGUAUUAUUGGGUUCAGAUUUUCAGCCAUAUAUAUCAGAUUAUGGUCUACAUCUACUACUGAACCCAACUACAGGGCAAGAAAUGCUCGAGACAUCUGCAGCUCAGGGCUACAAGGCUCCCGAGCUGAUGAAAAUGAAGGAUGUAAGUGAAAGUACUGAUAUAUACAGUCUUGGAAUACUCUUACUAGAACUGCUAACCGGUAGAGAACCCAUUAGUGCAAAUUCCUCGGACUCUGAGGAAAUUUACUUGCCAAAUGUUAUCCGGAGAGCAAUUUUGGAUCAUCGAAUCAAGGAUAUGUAUCAUCCUGACAUUGUAAGUAAUCAAAGUGGAAGACAACAGCUCAGAACAGAAGAUCGCGCCUUGAAGUUAGUUCAGCUCGCAAUGUCUUGCUGUUCUCCAUCACCUUCUCUUAGACCACAAGCUAGUGAAGUUGUAAGAAAGGUUGAGGAAAUUGGCAAGGAACAAACUUUACAACGCAAAAGAACUUAAACAUUUGUUUUUUUUGGUGUAUAUGAUUGAUGAAUGAUAAUUAGGCUAAAGCUCAGAUUAUGGGUAAUUCUUUCAUUGCCUUAGAAGGCAUGGGACAGGGACAACACAGAUCUUGCUAGUUUCAAAAUUUUGUGACCACUUUCUGAACAAAGUUGAAAGUUUGAGUCAGAAUGCAAAGGAAAAAAAAAGGCAUUGGAAUUUGUGCACAGGCUGCUGGAUUUGCUAAGAUUUAUUUAAUUGCCAAGGAUCAGGGAAACAUGGGUUGCUGGAUAUUUUUGGGACCCUCAGAAUGAUUUUCUUGUCUGGAAAUUACCGCAGGAUAUGGUAAAAGGGGGAGUUUUAACAAGAUGAUGAAGAUUAAUGAUGAUGAUGCUAAACAGAAUGAUUUUUUUACCCUUAUGUUUCUUUUUUUUGGGCGGGUAUAAUUUUUUUGUGGAUAUAUACUCAACUAGAAAAAGCUAGAAAUUUGUCUCCGAAAGUGUUUUUCUUGUACUUCAAUAGUUCAAUGUAAGCACGGGGAAUUUUCAAAAAUUGUUAACUCAUGGAAAAAUUGACACUAUCA